AUGGCGUUGGGAGCACGCCUGAUAACCGCACUCUGCAACUUCAUUAAAGUUUGGCUUUUGGCUAAGCUUUGGCUAGUACCCAGUGACUGGUUCAGUUCACUGCCAAUCAAACACGGUUACCUGCAAGAAACAUACAAAGAAGAUGAUGGUUAUCGUUUAAGUCCAGUAGAAGUUGAUAAAAGUCCAGGAAGCGAAUGGCCCGUAAAAACAUACAAUAACGUUGGAAGAAACAAUUACGAUCAAAUAGAAGGAACCUCUCUUCAAAAACCCUGUACGAGACGAAGUAAUUCCGGAGAUGAUCCUUUGAGUUCUCCAUUACCAACCUAUAAAGAAAAACAUAUGACGACUAAUAUCUCGCCAGCUACUCCAAAACAUGAACCUAAGGUUUCGAGAAAAAGACCAUAUGACCUUAAAGUAGCUGACAAUCAAGAUUUGCAGCCUAAAACAAUACUUCCUGAUGACAGUGCUCAUAAAAGUAGAAAUUUAAUAACAAUUAGCAACCCUUUAAUAGAUUCAUUAGAAGAGAAUCAUCGUCAACUAUUAAUCAAAGACGCCGAUGAUGCUACUCCUGAACCGCUGCCAGUCCAUUCAUUACACCCUACACAACCAAGUGCCCUUGUACCAAAUAUCACGGAUAACCAUCUGGAUCAAUCUCCAUAUGAGAACAGUUACCCACCAAAAGCAGUACCCAAAAGCUGGCCGGUCCACUAUGUGCCCAAUACUGGAUAUGAAAAUCAAUAUUUUCCAACUCCUAUCACCACUCAAACCAAACCCAAAUAUAAUCCACUGUUAGCUAGUAAACACAAUCCUCUGAAAACAUACAAUUCAUUACUUGGACCUAUUGCUAAUUCUGAACCAGAAGUAGCUCCUACACCAGUAAAUAAAUGUACACAAGAUAAAGAAGAUGAUGACCUAGAACAUUCAAGGCGAUCCAUGUCAAAUCACAAUGAUGGAGAGAAUGUCCCCAACAAUAAACCGUACGUCCAAUACGCUGAAUCGAAGACUGAUAACGAAAAUGCAAUGGCAUAUGGGCUUAAUCUGGAAAAGAGUUCUUCAGAGAAUGGCGUUGAAGUUCCUCUGGAGAAAAACAGGGUAUUGCUUGAGAAGACAGAGACCCAUGUUGGCAGAGCGCAGUACAAAGAAGCAAGACGAAAUGAAGUUAUGGAACCAACGAAGGGAGAUGGGGUUGUAAAUAUGGGAGAGUCGUCGCUAAUGUUGAUGCAGACUGAUCGAUUAUGCUACGCGUGUAGCACCGCUAACAAUCCCUCUUGUUGGGCUCCUGACAGACGGACCACGGUGAAGUACUGCCGAAAAGGAAACAAUGCUUGUAUAACUAAAACGUUUGGCAAAGGAAGCACAUACACUCUGAUUCGUGACUGCGGGAACACAUGCGAUGACUCGGACACAGGCAUGCUGAUGCCGAAAUACAAGUCUUGUUCCAUGUGCCACACAGAUCUGUGCAACGGCGCCUACUCGAUCAAUGGACAUAGCAUUAUAUUCGCACUAACAUUAAUAGCUUUAGUGAAAUAUUUAAAUUAG